AUGUAUGGGUUUUCGAGCGUGGAGAAGGGGGACUACGACCUCGAGUCCGGGGGACUGUAUCCGGGGAUCUCCCACGGUGAGAACCAGCUGAGAUGGGGCUUCGUGCGCAAGGUCUACGGCAUCCUUGCUGCUCAGAUCGUCCUCACCACCGCUGUGUCUGCUGUCACCGUGCUCUAUGCACCUGUCAAUAACCUUCUCCAGGGCAGCCCGGGGCUUCUCCUCGCCUUCGCGAUCCUUCCCUUUAUUUGUAAGGAUUAAUGGAUUGGCACUUCCAGAUAUUCUUUGCGUCUUCCGAUCAAAUUGAAUCUAGCUUAACAUAUUCAACAGAAUCGUUCUCUAAAGCCUUUGAUUCAUUUUCUUUGUGUUUUUACUUUAAUUUUUUUUCUCCUGUCUAUGGUCCUGUAUGAUAUGUGAGAAGGCAUUAGUUUCUGAAGAAACCUUCGUUGUUUCGAACGCGUAGAUCUGGCUUCUAUCUAAGUGCUAUCUGCGACGCCUUGAAGCUCGAUGUUUUCCGUUUCUUUUGUGGGGUUGUCAUCAGAAUCAUCUUUUUCACGAGAGAAUGAUAUUUGUUCGUGAGGGGGUUUCACCACGCUCUCAGCGCCCUUGAGUGAUUCUGCUGGUGUUGGGGAAUGUUCAUUUCAGCUUAGUUCAUUUACCUCUUCCGCAAUUCGGCCAUGCUUUCAAUUUUGGCUUCACUUGCUCACUUUUUUUAUAUCGAAAUCAAAUGGUUGUAUAGAACUAUUCUUCCAUAUAAACAUUUUUUCAUAUUGGGAGCUGGGAUGCGCUGGCAUGUUAAUCAUGCCAAUCAUAUAAUUAUAUUUUUAGCCAUAUCAAGAGUACAUCAUAGGUUACCUCGUGUGGCUUUCUGGGAUAUUUUUUUCCUUGAAGAGUUUUGUUGUGGUGUUGUUUUUUCGAACAUUUCCAUUUCCUUUGUAUUCCAUGGUUAUUUCUAUGUGAAGGAAGUGCCCACUACUGAGUGCGGUGUUUUCGGGCUCCUUCAGCCCAUGGUCGAUCAUUUGAAGAGAUGGUAUUUCUUUUUGCACAAAAGCAUUUUCAUCCUGCUGGAUGAGCAUGUGGAUUUUAGCCAACGAUGUUUAGAUGGAAUAGUUAAAAGUCAGCAUAUAAAUAAAAUGAUUUCAAUGUGUCUGACAUGAUUGGUUGGUCCUGAUGAUCUUGGUCCUCUACCACGUCGAACAUGACAUCAUUGAAAUUUGCUUUUACAAUCUCUGUAUACUCUUCUCUUUCUGAUUAUGCAUUGAACCUCACAGAUAAUUCUCUAGUAGGGUUGCAUCUAUCAUCAAGUCAUGAUUCAUCCAAAUAUAUGUGGUAGUCAUUAUAUUUAUAGGUAUACAUGAAUAUAACUGGACCAAGUCUCUCAUCUUCCAAUUUGGCUUGCAAGCCAAUUAUUGCAAAGAAAAUGAUGAAGAUCGUACAUUGAUUUCAUCUGUUUUUGGUGAAAGUUCAUUUCCUUCGGUGAAUAAUUAGAGUGGGAGCUGAGGAUUCUGCAAUGGAACUUAUUCCUCGCAGCAUCUAGGAACCUACAGAUUUGUCCCCUGCUAUUCUGUCUUUUUACCGUCAAUGUAUCCUUGCAAUCUUCUUCCUUUUUCCUCAUCCCUUGUCCUCUUCCCUUACCAAUGCUAGCAUAUUGUUUACCUGUUCUUUUCUUCAUUUCUGCAAUUCCCCUGCAGAAGAAGAGGUAAGCUACUAGCUAGAUUAGAGUUGAGACAAUUGUGUUGUCAUUGUUGUCAUUGACAUUACAGUUCCUUGCAACACCACCGUUCAGUUUUUUGCUCCCCUCUUCUAUAUCCUUAUCUUCCUCUUUUCCUCUCUCUCUCUCUCUCUCUCUUGCUAUAUAGAUAUAUAUAUAUAUAUAUAUAUGUAUCUUGGUCUCCCUCUCCUCCACCACAUUACAAAUAUAUCUUGGUGUCCCUCUCCUCCACCACAUUACAAAUAUAUCAUGCUCUCCCUCUCCUCCACCACAUUACAAAUAUAUCUUGCUCUCCCUCUCCUCCACCACAUUACAAAUCUUUGACGUUCCACUCUCUGCAUCUUUCAAAAUCUUCCUUCUCAGUCUCAUAUAUCAUAUUAUCUAUUUCUACCCUAACUAACUGAGCGACCUAUGGCCGAGGACCUGAACAUAAUCUGAAAAGAGCCCUGAUUAUGACAUCCUUCCAAUUGAUUCAUAACCCAUUUUGCAACCCCGGCCUUUGUAGAGCAUGACUCUACAUAGUCCUAUCAUUUGUAAAUACUCUAUAGUAAAGUUCAGUGAAUGCAAUGCCAUUACGUAUGCAUAUAUUUACAGAUAUUCCAUUCAAUGGUACGAACGCCUCAUGCUCAAUCCAUGCACUGUCACCAAUUUUCGUACGGGGAACUUAUUAUCCUACAUUUUCCUAUGAAAUAAUCCUUUUUCCUGAAUUGAUUUUAUUAUCAGAGCUUACACACCCUGGGAUCCUAGUGUCCUUUCUGAUUUAACUGGUAUCCACGAGUUGCUUCUUGUCUACAUUAGUUUAAUGUAGACAAGAAGCAACUAUUGCUGAUUUAACUGGGAUCCUAGUGUUCUUUUUUUAACUAUUAACCUAGGUACAUUAGUUUAAUGAUUUUCAUUGGACAAACUAAUUUCUCAUUUUUCCUGCAUCCUAGGCGUCAUUGCUAUUUGACCUUUUUUCUGCCGAAUUUCUGGAAUUAUCUGAAAUGCAUUAUAGUCUUCUAGGUUAAUAGUUAAAAACAAAUAAUGGAUUAUUUCAAGAUUUUUGUUCAUGUGAUUGCUUAUAAAUAGCAUCACACGUUCUUUAAAUACUUUUUUUAGGGUUUUUUAUAUAUUCGGACCCUUUCUUACCAAUUUUUUUAUGGCGUUUUUUUUGCAGUGUUGUGCCCCUUGUAUCAUUAUCAACAAAGCCAUCCUAUGAAUUUUGUCUUUCUUGGUCUUUUCACACUAUGCCUUAGUGUAACAAUUGGAGUUGCUUGUGCAAAUACCCAAGGUAUACGUAAAGCCUUAGUAUACUCUACUAUGCAUCACAUGUUUAUGCUACCUGGUUAGUCCAUUGUCAUGGUUUCUUUUACUUGCCACCCAACAUAUUUCAAACUUUAUUCUGGGAUUCUGCAGGAAAAAUUGUGCUUCAAGCUUUGGUCAUAACCUCCGUUGUCGUUUCAUCCUUGACUGGAUACACUUUCUGGGCAGCAAAGAAGGGAAAAGACUUUAGCUUCCUUGGACCCAUACUAUUCUCUGCUCUUAUUGUGCUUGUUCUCACAGGUUUUAUCCAGGUAAAAUUAAUGGGUCAUUAAUUUCCUUCCUCUAUCCUUCAUCAUCUAUGUGCUUUUAUUUAUAAGUCGUUUGAAGGAUGCUGCUAUUUUGAGUUGGUUCUUGACUUUGCUUCUACAUGUUGUUUGAAUGAAUUUUAUAGAAUAUCUAUAAAGCUUCCUUGCUCUUGGGAUUUAGAUUCCCUAGGUGAUUUGGGCAUGAUAUAAUACAGUAAUAAAUGGGUGCAUGCCAACUGAAACCUUUAAACCAUAAUUCUUAUGAUGUUCACUCUUUUCCAGUUAAAAUAAUAUUGGAAAGACUUGUGUAAUGUCCAACACUUCACGUUAUCAUAAGCGGGGAUGUGCAACAAGACAUUGUUUUAUAAAAGUGGAUUCGAUUAAAUAACAACAUAAGCUGCUGUCAGCUCGAGUUCUCUUAAACGUGGAAAUAGCGUAAACAGGCAGAGAUUCUUGGAAAAAUGGUGGGGACUAAGUAUCUUUUUUCUUCGAUAAGAAACUUAGUAAAGGGUACGAUUUUAGCCCAGUUUUUCCUUAUGUCAGUGUCUUUUUGGUGUAGGUGAAGUUUUUCACGGAUUAUCUUUCGGUCUGACUAUUUUUCCGUAUAAAUAUCAUGGAAUAGAGGUGAAAUAUAAUAAUUAGAUAACUAAGUGACUUACCGUAUUCCAUCAAAGGCACCUUAUCCGCCGUGAUUACAAUAUUUAUGCUACUGCAAGUCUGAAAUUCCUUCAUCCUUUAUGACCUGUAAGGAAAGGACCCCCUGGCGGAUUUUUGGAGUCUUCAUGGCACUGCUAUCUUUCGAUUUGAUUUGACUUGAUUUUUUUUAUGUAAGUAUCAUAGGAAGGAGGUAAAAAAUAACAACUAAAUAAUUGAGUAAACUGUGGUUGCCAUAUUUCCGCUAUUAAAUUCCUCCAUCCUUCAUGACCGUCGUAAUAAGUGGAUGCCAUGUGAUACAUGCCAAUGAAUGAAGAAUACCUGGAGGGUUAAUUAUAUAAUAGGACGGUCAUUUAUCAUAGAACAACAAUGCCUUUGAAUUUCUCAAUCAACAUCUUGGGUGGGGGGGGGGGGGGGGGGCAUUUGGAUCCAUUUUGCUUGCUGGAAGACAUUGCCAUCAGCAGAGUAAUAGCAGACCAUGGAAGCCUCUCCACAAGGUUGAUGUUUGGCUGCGAGUAAGUUUAACAGAAAGUGGUGUAAGAAACAAGAUUCUAGUCAAACUAUUCAUCUGCAGGAGUUAUCCGGUGUCCCGUCCAUGCUCAUGAUCUAUGGGAUUAUUGCUUUGUGUCCUUCAAGAGAAUCUUAUGUGAAGGCAGAGCUUAUGGUCUUCUCAUUUUGAACUAGGAAUUAGAAUGUUUGAUACAUUGCUCUGACAACAAGCUUCUUCUCACUGUCUUUUUGUGUAGAUCUUCUUUCCAAUUGGGUCGACAGCGACAGCAGUUGUUGGGGGCCUAGGGGCGCUCAUUUUCUCAGCAUACGUUGUGUAUGACACAGACAACUUGAUCAAGAGGUUCACCUAUGACGAGUAUAUCUGGGCAUCCGCCAUCCUCUACUUGGAUAUCCUCAAUCUCUUCCUCUAUAUUCUGAACUUGCUGCGGGGCCUGCAGUCCGACGGGUAG